AGAAGCUGGAGGAGGGGGCAACAGCAGGGUUCCGGGGCAGUCGCCGCCGCCCCAGGAGGUGGAGGAGAAGGAGGAGGAGGAGGGAAGAAAGAAAAGCAUUGGCUUUUACUUUCCCACCAGAGACAGCCCGGCUGAGUUGAAGUUCCCAACACCUCUGAUAUACAUUUGACCUAACCUUAAAAUUCCACAAUGACGACUUUGCCACCUGUGCAGUUAGAAUACUCCAAGCUCGCACUCUUAACAAGAAAGAGGUCAACAUGCUCCCCAGCGGGCCUCACAAAGGCUCAAUUAAUGAAAAUUAAAGAUGAGACAGAUAAGUAUCUGGAACUGAAGUGGAAAGGAUUGACAAAAGAUGAGGCAGCUGGCUACCGGAAUUCAUACAAGAAGAACAUUUGUAUAGACAUGCUCCAACAUGGCCAUCAUAAAUCCUUCUGUGAGCUCUUCUUCCUGUUCAACAAGUGGCACAAUUUGAGGGAGAUCGGAGGGAUUCGGUCUAUCUAUUGGCUUCAGACACCCCUGGAGCUUCUGCCCGAUAAACUGGACCAAUUGUUCUUCUUCCUGACCAAGGCUGAAGAUGCAGAGCUGGCAGCUAACUAUGAAGACAUGUACAGUUACAUAUAUGCUUUGGCCUCUUACUUCAACAACCCGGAUGACAAAUGGUUGAGGAAUUACUUUUAUGAACGGUGUUUUAACAUUGCUCAACUGAUCAAAGCUGAUGGUGGAAAAAAAGAAGCAGAAUCCUACUCACUCAUGGGUCUUCUCUUCGAAGAAAAUGGUCAGCUUGAAGCAGCUGUUGAGAAUUAUGAAACCUUCCAUGAGAUGACAGAGGGACGGAUGUGGACAAAUGCAGAUGGCCAGACUUUCAACUUCCUGGCAUGUGAAAAUCUCCGGAGGAUUUACGCACUGCUAGCAGAAAAAAUGCUCAGUAACAAAAAUUACAAAAAGGCCAUACGGAUUCUAUUGAAAGCUCGUGAAAGAGCCAAAGAAGGGGGUGACAUGAAGAUGGAAGGAGAAGCUGCCUAUGAUUUAGGCUUAGCAUAUCAUAAAGCCGGAGAAUUCGAACUAGCAAAAUCAGCUCUUAACGUCUUCUCAGAUAUCUCCAUAGCCCUAGAUGAUGCUAUUGGCCUAAGUAGGGCCUAUGAAGCCAUUGCCAAGGUCCUAGUAAGCCAAGAAAAUAUGUUGGAAGCCCUUGCUUUCUUGGAAAAAGUUGUGGAAAUUGCAAAAAAUACAUCCCAGAAAGGAAGGAUGGUAGAAGCCUGUACAAUGCUUGGGGACAUUUACAAUGGAAAAGGAUUUUAUACAAAAGCCUGUGAGUUCUUUAAGCAAGCAUUUGAUACAACCACGGAGUGCAUGAAUGCCUCACUUGUGGACGAGACCAAAGUCCACUAUGGAAUUGCCAAGGCUCACCAGAUGAUGGGAGCAGUCAAUAGUUACAUAGAAAGUGCUGACCAUGACAGCCUCAAUCACCUUCUGACAUGGAAAGAGAACAGAAGCAGCAUCGUCCCGGACCCGAUCCCUGAAGAGUCUCAAGAGACCUCAAAAAAGAGGCUUUCCAGUUUAAAAACAGCCCAAGAGAAAAGCUUUGACAGGGAUCAGGAGUCUAAGAAGGAUUCUUAAAGAGGCUUGAACAGCCAAAAAUCAAGAAGAUAGAAAAUCACCUUGAACCUUGAGAAUUUUAAUCAGAUAAGAAUAUCCAUGUAGGUAUAUACUGGCACAAUAAAGCCCAUCAUGAUUAUGUUUUUUGACAA